AUGAUCAAUUUCAAUACUAUUAAGUUUCAUAAUGCAUUCCUUCUUGCCAAGAAGGACAGAGUUACGUUCUUGGAAGAUACUCAAACGGAUAAUAGUUCAGAUGUGGAUUCAGAUCCAUGCUCCUUAGAAGAUGACUCUGGUAGUCAUGAUGAAACAUCAUACAAAUUACGAUCUCGACCAGCCAUUCGGCAAGCCGCUAAAGUAGCUAAAAGUAAAAUCGCGGAAACAAGCCUCCUUCAAGAUCAUGAAACUCCUGAGCAUUCCCCCCUAACUUCCACCAAGUCACCUCGGGCCGGCCUGUAUGCAACCCCCUUGUCAAUCGAGAAACCGCGACGUGAUCUGAAUGCUUCUCAGACUAGUCUUUUUGGUCCAACACCCAACAACACUGCCGUCUUUGACUUCACGCUGUCAGAAGAUGAUCAGUUGGUGACCGGGUUACCGCGACUUGGAAAAGAAACACCAUCCGCCAAAGUGAAAACGAUGAAAAAGCCUCUUAGAGGAGAUUUUGAAAUAGUUGACUUGGAUGACGGUGUGCAACCGAUGUCCUCAUAUAGCUCAGACGACGAAAUGUUCCAAUGUAUAAACGCCUUCCGCUCUACUCUUAGACUUAUUGAGUCGGAUUUCAAAACUCGAAUUAACCAAUUAAAGGAGCAGGUGGAUAAAAUGUAUCGGCUUUUACAAUGGUCGCGAAGAGGCCAAGCCAAAGGCCGUAAAGCACACAAUGCAAUGGCUCUAUGGUAA